ACGUGAAGCUGAGAUUAAGCAGCGCAAGCUAGCUGGUGCUCCAGAAAACAGCAACCCUUCUCCAACAGUGUCCUGAGCAACCUGAACCUUCUCAUUUCUGCAUUAUUCUAUAGAUUUCUUGUUUUUUUUUUUUUACUUUGUUGGCCUGCGCUAUCAACAAUGAGCUGGACGGUGAAGACUUUUGUGCUGCUGUGCUUGUGGCAGCUUCAGGAAGGAGCACAAGCCUGCAGCUGUUUUCCAAGGCAUCCACAGGAGGCGUUUUGUCAAGCAGAAGUCGUCAUAAAGGCGACGGUUGUUGGGAAGGCUGACGUUGUCUUAAAUACUGGUGAGAAAAUGCCUGGUAUCUUCAAUCCUGGUGUCUCAAAUGUUAUCAAGUAUGACAUCAAACAGACUGAGGCAUUCAAGGGCCCAGAAAAGCUUUUUGGUUCCGUCUACACUGCAAGCAACUCUGCAGCGUGUGGAGUCAAUCUGGCCAAUGGCACAGAGUAUCUAAUAUCAGGCAGACUGGACAACAAUGCUUUGCUGGAUGUCUCCUUGUGUGACUUCUUUAUGCGGUGGGAGGACAUGAGCGCCACGCAAAAGAGAGGUGUGGCGCAGCGCUACCAAAUGGGCUGCGAUUGCAAGAUCACACGCUGCUCAUCUAUCCCAUGUGGAAGCAGCCGCGCGGAGUGCUUGUGGACAGACUUUCUGAUGGGGAACUUGUUCCGACACUUUACUUGCAUCAAGAAAAGCGACGGCUCAUGUGCCUGGUACAAUGGGGUCGCCUAACCCAAAAGAAAGCUGUGGAUAUUGAAGAACCUUCGAUAAAAAUAAAAGUAUACUCAUGGAACAA